AAGACACAGGAGUUCAAGCAUUAUUAAAAAAAAGUAUCCUUUUGCUCACUAUGUACAUUGCUAUGUCGAUCAGUUAAAUUUAAUUAUGUCUAAAGCUGCUUCUGCAAAUUCGCAAGUAUGUGUAUUUUUGGGAAAUAUACAAGACAUUCUGGGCUUUUUUAAUAAUUCACCACAACAAGUAGAAGUCUUAAAGAAGAUUGUGAAGAGAAAGAUCCCUUACGGUGCUACAACCCGUUGGAAUUUUAGUGUAAGAACCAUUAAUGUCGUAUACGAAAAUAAAGCGUCUCUUAUUGAGUGUAUGCAUGAAAUAGAAGAACAAUUCACCAACAGCACAGUCUGUAGUGCAGUCGCUUCUAUUCGCCAUACAUUAAAUGAUCCAAUCUUCAAUUUUUGGCUGACUUCUUUUCAUCAUGUGAUGCCCCACGUAAAUUGA